UCUAGUUUUUAGUUAGAAAUGGAAUUAGCACAGAGAGAGAGUUGACAAAAAGCUACUAGGAGGCACUAGCCAUCUCACACCUCAGUGCCUCACUAAUAUUUUUCCUUUCUUUCUAUCCCUUCUUCUACAAUUAUUCCUCCCCCUUUUCUUCUCUUCUUCUCUUUUGAUAUAGUAUUAUACUACUGCAUAUUAUCUGUUCUGUCUUCUUUCACACUCUAUCUCCGUUUCUUUCUUCUUCUCCUCUGUAAUGGCCUCUCUUGCAGAUAUAGGAGUAUCAGCAUUCAUAAACAUUGUGUUUGCAUUUUUGUUCUUACUUGGUUUUGCUUUUCUGAGAUUACAGCCCAUUAAUGACAGAGUUUAUUUCCCGAAAUGGUAUCUUACUGGAGGAAGAACUAGUCCUAGAAACCGUGGGAAUUUUGUGGGUAAAUUCGUUAAUCUCAAUUUCAAAACAUAUCUUACUUUUCUCAAUUGGAUGCCUCAAGCACUUCGUAUGUCUGAAGAUGAGAUUAUCACCCAUGCUGGACUUGAUUCUGCUGUUUUUCUCAGGAUUUAUAUACUUGGGUUGAAGAUUUUCGUACCGAUAACCAUACUUGCACUGGUAGUUCUUGUACCUAUCAAUGUAUCAGGUGGAACACUUUUUUUUCUAAGGAAGGAAUUGGUCAUCAGCGACAUUGAUAAACUGUCAAUAUCAAAUGUUAGUCCUAAAUCCGAAAAGUUUUGGGCUCAUAUUGGAAUGGCAUAUGUAUUCACGUUCUGGGUCUGCUAUAUACUAUAUAAGGAAUAUGAUAGAGUCGCAUUCAUGAGGUUGCAUUUUUUGGCAUCACAAAGUCGACGUGUAGAUCAGUUUACGGUAGUGGUUAGAAAUAUCCCACAUGUCGCUGGUCACUCGACAUCAGAAAGCGUGGAUCACUUUUUCCAGAAUAACCAUUCGGACCACUAUAUCGGUCAUCAAGCUGUUUACAAUGCAAACAAAUUUGCUAAACUUGUAAGACGAAGAGACAGACUCCAACAGUUGCUGGAUUAUAACCAGCUGAAGUUCGAAAGACAUCCAGCCCGGAAAAGGCCAAGUAAAAAGAGUGGAUUUUGUGGGCUAUGGGGAAAAAGAGUAGAUUCUAUUGAGUUCUACCAACACCAGAUGAAAGAGCUUGAGAAAAUGAUGGCGUCUGAGCGGCAAAGAAUACUUAAGGAUCCAAAGUCUAUUAUGCCAGUAGCUUUUGUUUCAUUUGAUUCUCGUUGGGCUGCUGCUGUAUGUGCGCAAACACAACAGAGCAAGAAUCCUACAUGGUGGUUAACCUAUUGGGCCCCUGAACCACGUGAUGUUUACUGGCGGAAUCUAGCUAUACCAUUUGUUUCUCUAAGCAUCCGAAAACUCAUAAUAGCAAUCACAGUAUUUGCUUUGGUGUUCUUUUACAUGAUACCAAUUGCUUUUGUACAAUCACUUGCGAAUCUUGAGGGUCUCGAAAAAGUUGCACCUUUCCUCAGGCCAGUGAUAGAACUGGGAGUGAUUAAGUCAUUUCUUCAAGGUUUCCUUCCAGGUUUAGCACUUAAAAUAUUCAUGUAUAUUCUUCCUACGGUUUUGAUGAUUAUGUCAAAGGUUGAGGGCCAUUUGGCAAUAUCCGUACUUGAAAGGAAAGCAGCAGCAAAAUAUUACUAUUUUAUGUUGGUGAAUGUGUUCUUGGGAAGUAUAGUGACUGGAACAGCUUUUGAGCAACUCGAUGCUUUCCUUCAUCAAUCGCCUACUCAGAUUCCUAGGAACAUUGGAGUUUCAAUACCAAUGAAGGCUACUUUCUUUAUCACAUAUAUCAUGGUCGACGGGUGGGCAGGCAUUGCGAGUGAGAUUCUUCGGCUGAAGCCUUUGGUGAUAUAUCACUUAAAAAACGUGUUCUUAGUGAAAACAGAAAGAGACCGAGUGAAAGCAAUGGACCCUGGAAGCGUUCAAUUAGCAGAGACUCUUCCGUCACUUCAGCUUUACUUCCUUCUUGGGAUUGUGUAUGCCGUGAUCACUCCAAUCCUUCUUCCUUUCAUUCUUGUCUUCUUUGGCUUCGCAUAUCUCGUUUACCGUCAUCAGAUAAUCAAUGUUUACAACCAACAAUACGAGAGUGUUGCUGCAUUUUGGCCACAUGUUCAUAGCCGUAUUAUUGGAAGCUUGUUGAUAUCUCACCUUCUUUUGUUCGGACUGCUCAGCACAAAGAAAGCUGCUCAUUCUACACCGUUUCUUAUUUUAUUACCAAUUUUAACAAUAUGGUUCCAGAAGUACUGCAAGAGUCGCUUCGAACCUGCAUUCAGAAAGUAUCCACUAGAGGAAGCCGUGGAAAAAGAUAGAAUAGAGAGAACUGCAGAGCCAAACUUAAACCUGAAAGCUUACUUGGCUGAUGCAUACUUGCACCCAAUUUUCAGGUCAUUUGAAGAGGUAGAAGAGGUGGUAGAGAUGACGGAAGUUAGAGUCGACAAGAGACAAUCUCACUACAUGAACCAUACCUCAACGAAUGAAGUCAAUUCUCCUUCACCACCACAGUCACCGCCAUCGCCAUAUGUCUAUCACUAUGAUGUUGAACCUGGAAUCAGGACUGGUUGGUGAGCUAAACAAGUUACUACCAUGGUUGCUAUAGACGGUUUAUAGGGAUUCGGUUUAACCUCGUAUUUGUUAGUCCCCCAUAACUUCUUUCAUGUAAAUGAUAUCAACGGGUUACUUAUUAUGCUUGAAAUAUGGACACAAUAUUCAUUGCUUGUAACAUCUUUUAGUGAUAAAUAAACAACAUUACUAAUCUA